AUGCCAUCCACCCCGCAUGGCGCCAACCUUCCCGCGACAACACAUAAUGUGAAUGCCAACGGUGUCCAUCGGCCAUCCCCGAUUUCGUCCGAUACUACUGCCAUCCCUGGCCCGCCGUCCAAGUCCAUCAUGGCGACCGACACCAAUGGCCACUUUCAGGACUCGGCCCAGCCAGCUACCGAUAAAAACAAGCGCUCCGCUUCUUCGCCGCACAAACUCAUGAUCGGUGUGCCUCCAGCUGCCACACCAAAUCCACCGCGCUCCUCGACCGAGCACACCCACCCUCACAAUGAUGCCCACAACCCAACUCAAAACGGCAAUGUGUCUUCGGAGCUCAAGGGCAAGCAGAAGCAGCUCGAUCCCAUCCACACCGUCUCCCUCGAGCAGCUCCAGCAGGAACUCCCACUCGAAGAGACCGACCUCGUCUCCCUUGCUGCCCUCGUCGAGAGGCUCGCAAACUACGGCUACGAAUCGCUUCAGAACCUCGCAGAGACACUGCCCUCGCUCCCUUCCUCCUCCAAACGCGCCAAGAUCUUCAGCACCGCUCUCGACGUGCGCAAGCAGUUCAUCAAGCUCCUCGUCCUCGCAAGGUGGUCCAAGGAUGUGCCCGACCUUCAAAAGGCUCGCAACAUCAUCGCGCUCCUCUCCGAGCAGCAGUGGCAGCAUGAAGACGUCUUUGCCGGCCUCACCGACAUCCGCAAGAUCCUCCCAAAUGCACGCAUGAGGAACGCAGAUCUGCCCACCGCCAUCGAUGUCCUCCAAACCGGCACCUACCGAAGACUCCCCGCCAGUAUCAAAGACAUGGCUGUGGCGCCACCUCCGUUGACCGACCAACAGGCCCUCGCCAUCGUCGCACGUCUCCAAGACGCACUCCGCACUCGCAUGGCUUGUCGCGAACUCGUCCCAGCGCCCCUCUCCGACUACUCGAUACACGACGCAAAGGUGCACUUUCACGUACGCGGCCUCUUCCGUGCCCAACUCACCGCCAGCAGUGGAGGCCGCGACCAAGAUGCAGACAGGCCCGACCAGCAUGCCGAAUCUGGCGCUGCCGACGCAGCCUCCUCUGCCGCUAGUGCCGACGACAGAUGGUGGCUCCUCGACCUAAGCUUCGACGCCACACCUACAGGCUCGUGUGCAGAGUCGAGCCUCAAGCUCUUCCCCAAGCGACCCAAAAAGGCCUACCGCGAACGUCUACGCGUCUGGGGCGAUCAAGAGCUCGCACCGCGCUCGCAAGCCACAGAUGCCGCUCGUGAUGCCAACGCAGAUGCAGCCCCCACUGCAUCCGAACCUCCACACGUCCUAUCCACCGCAGACACGCAGGGCGAAAGCAAACCUGCGAUGCAGCAAUCCGAGCCGCAAGACGCAUCGCCGCAACCCACCCAGCCUGACGCUGACCUGGAGGCUUCUUUCAAGCUGCCGAAGACGCGAGACGCUCCGCUCGUGCGCCUCUUUGCUUUCUUGCAGGAGCGCGCACUGCACUAUCAGAUGGACAUCCUUCAACACCAGGCGUACGAGCUGUGCCGCCUCAACUGGGGCUCCAACCUGCGCAUCGAGACCGCAGAACGUCCGCGACGCCUCACCGUCCACUACUGGACUCACGCACAGGGAGCCGAAGGCACAUCGUCUGCGCCCGACAGCCCUGCCGUUGGCGGAAGCAUUCAGAUCAGCUUGGUCGACCUUCCCGAUCAAGCGGCUGUCACCAAGACGCUGGCCGAGAUCUUUGACGACGACGCUCCUUCCGGGUGCGACGGAGCCAGCCCGACCGCGGUCAAGCGACGAGGUCUCAGAGUCAUUUGGAACGCCCACGCCAGUGUUCUUUCCGAUUCAGAGACCUCGGAUCUCGACAUCGAUCCUCAUAACCUCGACAUUGAGGCCACCUUGAGCCUCGUCAUCAAGCGUCACACGGCCGCCUUGCUGCGCAACCUCCAGCGACGCCUACUUGUGAGCGACCACCCAGUCUCUCGCCUCCUCCGUCCGGAAGACUGCACGCUGUGCGUCGAGCAUGCGCGCAGACAAGGCGACGAGUUCUCCACCGCCACCGAAGCCACCAGCUUCAACUUCCUGCGCGUAGAGCUACACGGCCGCAAUCGCCAACGCGCUGCCAGGACCAAGCGAGCGGCGGCGGUAUCGACCAUGCCCCCGCUGCGCCUCAGUGCCGAUCCAGUCACAGGCCGAUUGCUCUUGGACUCGGAAGCGGCGUCCGUUGCAGCGGUCGCUGGCCUGCAUGGUUCGACUGCACCGGCGUCCGAAUUUACAGCCUCGAUCCUCACCACACGCCCGGCAUCUGCGCGCCUCUCGGAGGCAUCCGACCGCAUCAACGGCUCCAUCGACGCGCUCUUUGACGUGCUAUACCGGCUCGAGGUGUUUGCGCGCGUCCAGGACUGGGAGAGGAUGGCUUCGUACCUUGGCUUGCGCACAGUACGCAAGCUCAGCCUGCGCCCACAGGACCUGGCCAAAUUUGGUUCUUCGGUCUCGACAGAUGCGGCUCCGCAACUCUUCAUCCCGUUGCGCAAGAGCUUUCCCGGCUACUUUUUGGCUCUGCAGCCGUCCGAGCUCGCAGGCGCGCGCAUCGCACUGGUCUACGUGGUUCAGAUGCCAGAUCCCUCUGGCGCACCGUCUUUGACCGUGCAGUCCAUCGAGUGGCUCGAUCGCGUCAAGAUUGCCAACGCAUCCAAGGCUGGACGCGGGUUCCCAGCUGAUGCUGCAAUGCCCGGUCCCGGGGCUGGCAAGAAACGCAAGGCGGCAUCAGCAGAGACGUCGGAAACCCAAGAGGCCGACGCUGGCAUUGCGGUGCGUGAGCUGUCGAUGGAAGAACUUGCCGACGUGCAUUCGUACUGCAUCGCGCUCGUGUCGUACUUCCGCGUGGAGCAGCAGCUGCGCAUGCGCGGCAUUCCGUACUUGCACGUCGCAGGUAGCAAGGCCGACUCGGCGACGCCUCCAAAGUGGCGACGACGCGUUGCGCCCGCCACUUCCAACGCGCACGUUGAUGCGCGGGACAACGGUCUGUUCGACGACGACGACGACGACGACGAGGGUAUGGAGGCAGAGGCGGCUGCCGAGCCCGCUGGGGUCGAUUCUCAGGAGCAGGCGGUCGAGACGGGCGUCGCGGCUCUCGUGCCGACGCUGUGCCUGCGCGCUGCGGACGUGCUCGGACCGGCCAAGGCGCACCUGACCAAGCCCAACGUGUCGCUGCGCGUGUGCGACUGGGACGAGAGCGACAAGACGUGCGUGCAGGUGCUCGUCAAGCUGCGCAUGAAGUCGCGGCGCUUCCGUGCGCUGCACGAGGUGGUCGCGUACGCCAGCUCCUCGGACCAGCACGCGCAGUCGGCGGCGACGUGGAUCGAUUUUGACGACGCCACGUGCGUGCUCGCCAUCUCGACGCGCGACGUGGACAACUGCAUCCCCAUCUUCCACAUGCAGUGGGAGCGCGUGAUGCGCAUGGUCAUGCUCACGCGCGAGGUGCUCAAUGCGAGCCGUGCCUGGCAGCAGCGCGCCCUGCGUGCGCGCACCAGCUGCAAGAAGCCCGCCGAGCGCGUCGAGCUCUGCCGCUUCCAGCUCGACACGGUCGUGUUUUCGUACGGCACGCUGGGUGUCGAGGACGGCGCGCGGAAGCUGCUCGUGCGCGUGCGCUGGCAAGAUCCCAAGAUGGAGAUGGCUGCAUACGGCGCGAUGCCGGUGGCGCAAAACGGCGGCUAUGUUGUUGAGUUUGGCUCGGCGCCGGUGUCCGAGGUCGAGGUGGAGGCGGCAAAAAGCAAGGACGAGGCGCUUUCGGCGUGGUUCGAUGCGCAGCACGCCGCAGCCAACCCGCACGACGUGAUGGCAUUUGAGCUGCGGCGAACGCUCAACGUGGCGGCGCGCUCGGCCGCCAUGAGCGCCGUGGCGCAGCCGCAGCUGGAGCGGCUGGUGUGGAAGGGCUUCCUGCGGCUGCUGCGCGACACGCUGCCCGUGGUGCGCGAGGUGGCACCGCUGGCGACGCAGUGCCUCGACGACCCGGAGGUGCCGGAGCUCGAGAUUCGCGGCGCGACGUGGUUCCGCCUGCGCUUCCACGACCGGUAUGCACUCGACAUUCGGCUGGCGACGCGCUCGCGCCUCGUGAUUGCCGACGCCGCGCGCGCGCUCUUCCGCCACGAGCGCCAUCAAAAGGCGGCCGCGCCCGGCGGCAUGUUUGCCGGCUCGCAUCUGCUCAGGGACGUGCUGGCGGGCAAUCCUCCCAGCAAGGACGGCGCGCCCGAGGACCGCUCGGCAGCAGACGCAAUCUCGGCGCCGAACGGGACGACGCAGUUCGAUCCCAUCCCCAAGCUGGACGAGGUGCUGCACAAGGUCGAGGCGGCGCUCCGGGGCGAUGCGCGCGUCGGCGACGUGUGGGACCUGCGCCGUGCGCUGCUCGUCUCGCUCACCGACGCUGCGCUCGUGCACAAGCUCAUGCCGCAGCUUGUCCAGCUCGUCGCCGCCGAGGUUGCGGCGGUUGGCAAGUGA